CUCAGAGCAGAGGCGCCUACCGAGCGCAGCUCACUUCUGCAGCCAGCCCCUGCAGCGGAGGGACGGGAGCUGGUCUUUACCCCUGCUCGCAUCAUGUUUAGUCGGAUAUACCCUUGUCAUACCAAGAUGAAGCUUGUUUUUGUCGUUUUUGCGGUUGCGUCCAUCUGUACAGAAAAUCUAGCGCUUCCAGUUGGAAAAGAAGGGCAGAGAGAAGAUGUGGUAACACGAUGUUUGGUUGAAGUCUUGUCUAAAGCACUCUCCAAACCGGACUCUCAUUCACUGGAUCAAGAGUGCAAAGAAAUUCUGCAAGCAGGAGUUAAACAUGCCCCACUGGAGAAGAAAACUGGAGAGGGGAUUCUAACUCACGAAGAGGAGCCUGAGGCUAAAGGAGCAGAUGUGAAAGAUAUCGAGGCACUCCUGAAAACUGUGGAGGAAAAGAGAGAAAACCCAGAGGACGAACGCAGCCAGGAAACCUGGGAUCUAGAUGAUGAGAGGGAAAAGAGACAUGAGAAUGAGGAGGAAGAUGAUCGUGAGAAGCGGACGAACUGGAGACCUGGAAGAUACCACCAAAAGAAACACAAGCGGGGUGAAGAUGAUGAAGAUAGUGAGCGCAGUCAGGAGUCUUGGGACUUAGGCGAUGAGAAGGAAAAGAGAUCAGAAGAAGAAAGUGGAGAGAGAGAGAAGAGGAACUGGAGGCCCGGGAGAUACCACCAAAGAAAACACAAACGAGAUGAAGAGCCCUCAGAAGAGGAGAGGGAGGAGCAAGAGGAAGAGCGUAGCCAGGAGUCCUGGGGUCUAGACAAAAGGCACAUAAAGGAGGAUGAGGAAGAGAUAGACAAACGCAAAUGGAAACCCACACAUCACUACUACCAGAAGAAAAAGCUCCACAAGCGCGGUGAUGAACUAUCAGAGGAUGAUUAUGGACGCAGCCAGGAGUCCUGGGGUCUUGAUGAUGAGAGAGAAAAGAGGGAUUGGAGGCCUGGCAGGUACCACCAGAGGAGACACAAACGUGAUGAAGAACGCUCAGAAGAAGCAAGGGAAGAGCCUGAUGAAGAACGCAGCCAAGAGUCCUGGGAUUUUGGUAAUGAUAGAGAGAAGCGGGACUGGAGACCAGGACGUUACCACCAGAGGAGACACAAGCGUGACGAAGAACGCUCAGAAGAAGCAAGAGAAGAGCCUGACGAAGAGCGCAGUCAAGAGUCUUGGGAUUUUGGUAAUGAUAGAGAGAAGCGGGACUGGAGACCAGGCCGCUACCACCAGAGGAGACACAAGCGUGAUGAGGAGCGCUCUGAGGAGGCAAGAGAUGAGCCCGACGAGGAACGCAGCCAGGAGUCCUGGGAUUUCGACAACGACCGAGACAAGAGGAACUGGAGACCUGGAAGGUACCACCAAAGAAGACACAAGCGUGAUGAAGAGCUCUCAGAGGAAGUCAGAGAAGAGCCAGAGGAAGAGCGCAGUCAGGAGUCCUGGGGUCUAGACAAAAGACAUGCACAAGAGGAGGAAGAAAUGGAAGAGCGUCUGUGGAAACCAAAGCAUCAGUACCACCAUAUGAAGAUACACCACAAGCGUGGCGGAGGCUCCUCUGAAGAAGAAGAAGAACAAAGGAGUGAUUCAGAGGAACACGAGGAGAGGGACAAGAACGAAGCUCUGAGAUAUCUGGCAGAGAAGCGCAAUCCCUGGAUCUACCGAGGCUACUACCAUCCUGCCUGGUACAAAAGGAACACAGACGAAGACACUGCAACCUCAGAUAAGAUGGAGGAACUUGCCAGGUUGCUGAGCCAUAAAAUUAACCAGCUGGCCAACCAUUCUGAUCAAGAGGACAGGAAGAGGAGCACGCAACAGAUACCACUUACCCCUCAGGAGGAGAAAGAGCUGGAAAACCUAGCAGCGAUGGACAUGGAGCUGCAGAAAAUUGCUGCGAAGCUGCAUGAAAAGAGAGAAUAAGACUUGACAGACAGCAUUUUCCAGACUAUCAAUGAAUAUCAGCUGCCUAUGGCUACCAAAUUAAUGUGCUUCAAGUGUUUUAAAAAGAAAACUUAAAAAAAAAAAAAAAAAAAAAAA